AUGGGGUCGAACCACAAAACGCCGGACGAAGUGGAUACUAGGAUGAUGGGCCAGUCAACGCUGAUAACUAAUGUGCGAAGUUCAGUGGCAGGCCCGGCGCAACCGGUUGGCGAAGCAGAUGAUACAACAUACAACAUGCGGCACCGACGACGCGGAAUCGCCGUCGUUAUCAAUCAAGUGCAGUUCAGAGGGAUGAAGCAGCGCGAAGGCAGCAACCGAGAUAGGGAUAAAAUUUGUGCUGCCUUGGAGAAGCUACACUUUCAGGUGGAGGUGUUCGAAGAUCUGUCUCGGGAGAAGUUGUUCUCCUCGCUGCAGCUCAUCGCCGACGUGGAUCACAAGCAGCAUGACUGCCUGGUGGUGGUGGUGAUGACCCACGGCUCGGAGGAUGUGCUGCACGCGAGUGAUAGCACCUACAAGGUCGACCGGCUGUGGGAGCUGUUCCUGGGCAAUGCCUGCCCCUCACUGCUCGGGAAGCCGAAGCUGUUCUUCAUCCAAGCGUGCCGAGGGGAAAAGUUCGACGAGGGUGUCUUGCUGCAGGUGGACUCGAUCGUCACGGAUACCGUGGACGCACGGGGGACUAAGGAAGGUCCACCGUCGCUACUAUACGUCAUACCUACCAUGGCCGACCUGCUGGUGAUGUACUCCACCUACAAGGGCCACUACUCGUGGCGAAAUCCAUCCAACGGUUCCUGGUUCAUUCAGUCCCUCAGCUCGGAGCUGGCCGAGAAUGGCGACCGGAUGGAGUUGCUGCAGUUGCUGACCACCGUUUCGCGCCGGGUCGCCUACGAUUACCGGUCGUACGUGCCGGACAACGCCAGGAUGGACGCGAUGAAGCAGAUGCCGUGCAUCGUGUCGAUGCUUACCAAAGCCCUCUACUUCACGCCGCACCAACCGUCGUAAGCUCUGUGAUACCUUUUGUGCGUCGAUGUUGGAGUAGCAUUUCCAAACGU